AUGGCAAUUCAAACCCAUCAGCAGGACGUGGCUAUCAGCAGCCUGUUCAGAGAGCUUUCGAUGGAGAUCAAACUCAACAUCUUUGAGAAACUCGUCGAUAAGGCGUACGCCGAGAUUGCUGCUAGCCCUGAGACGUGGAUUGUUGACGGAUGCGAAGACGCAAUCGACCAGAUCUACAUCAUUGACGACUACAACCAAAGCCACAUGACUCACCUCCGGCGCUUUCAGCUUAUACGCCUCGCAUCCCAGAUCAACAGCACAACACGCGCCCUUGUCGACCGUCGGCUGCCCCGUUUCCCAAGCUACCACCGAUCCACCAACCUCUUCAGCUUCGGGAACACGAAGCCCAAGGCCGCGCCGCUCCGCUACACCUGGGUCUGUCCCGAGCACGACCGCUUCCACCUCGAGACCUUCACCCGCCGGUACAACGACGACGGAGACAACAAGAACACCCUGGAGAACGCGAUCCUGAACGCCACGGGCAAGAGCCUCGAGGACAUGAAGCACAUCCAGAAGGCCCGGUACUCGGACGGCCUGCUCGUAGACGCCAGGAAGACCGAGAUCCAGGCGAUCGCGUCGCUGCCGAAUCUCAAGUCCAUCGCCCUGUGGCCCUGCCCCAUGGCCCGCCCCGGGCGCCCCGCGGAGCCGCACCUCCACGGCGAGCUGCAGCCCGUCGACCCUGACAUCUACCCCCAGCUGGCGGAGCAGGUCAGCGAGGACCCGACGCGGCUCCUUUCGCUGUGGGAGCCGCUGUGGGAUGCCGGAGUCCGCAUCACCUGCGGCCAGUACUGGGUGAACGAGGAGAGCGUGGAGAUUGUCCGCACGGACGAGGGGCUGCGCCUUCGGUUCCUACAGGAGGUGUGCAAGUGCUACGAGCCUGCUCAGAGCGAUGGCGAGUGGGCUGGGAAGCAGUAG